AGCAAACCCUGACCACUUCGAUACGUUGCUUUCUGAAGCGACUCGAUUGCGGUCAUGUUCUGCUGCUGCGCAACAGAGACUGAGGACAAGCAGCUGGAUGUGGGCGCCAGCCGCCCUCCCAUCGUGGAAGUCCAGAAGACAUUCGCCAAUGAGGACGAGGGGCCCAUCUUCACAGCUUCCCUGAGCCGCGGCGGCGAGCGGCUCCUGGGCAUCUCCGUUGAUCGCUCUGACACCAACUGUGUUGUCGUCCGCGAUGUCACUGGAGGGGCAGCAGGAUCGUGGAACACGCAAAUGCCGCACAAACAGAUUCGCACCUUCGAUCAGGUUCUCGAGGUGAACGGCGAUACGGUGAACGGCGACGACAUCGCGCGGAAGUUGGAGAAUGAAUCCCAGGAGAUUGUGAUCAAGUUCCGGCGUCCGGAGGAACGGAAGGUGAUACUGGAAAAGCCAGGGCGCUUGGGCAUUGAUGUCAACUACCGCAAGACAUCUGUGAAGCCUUGGGUUGCGAGCAUUAGCCCUGGCCUUGUGGCUGACUGGAACAAGGAGAACCCGGACCUGGCCGUUCUUCCGCACGAUCGCAUCGUUGCGGUGAACGAUGUGUCAGGCAACAUUGAUAUGAUCUUAGAGAAACUACGAAGCCCAGACAAGAGACUGGUCCUCACAUGUAUGCACUACGAGGUCAUGUGAGCACAUCGCGAUGUGAUGAGAGGGCU